ACGCGCGAUCGGUAAGGCAGUACAGCGACGCAACGUCAUGGCGACACGAGGUAACGGCAAGCCACUGGCGCUGGUAGCGCUGUUGGUCCUGGUCUCGGGGAUUCCCCAGCCGAGCAACGGGGCCGACAAUAACUGGUGGCAACACGCCAUCAUCUACCAAGUGUACCCCCGUAGCUUCAAGGACAGCAACGCCGACGGCGUAGGCGACCUUAACGGCAUAACCAGCAAACUCGAGCACAUAAAGGAACUGGGGGCAACGGGGCUGUGGCUGUCGCCGAUCUACGCCAGUCCUCAGGUCGACUUUGGCUACGAUGUGUCCAACUUCACCGACAUAGACCCCAUUUACGGGGACUUUGCCGACUUUGACCGGCUCGUCGACAAGGCCCACCGGCUCGGGCUCAAGCUACUGCUCGACCUCGUGCCCAACCACAGCUCCGAUCGGCACGAGUGGUUCCAGAAGAGCGUCAACCGCAUAAAACCCUACGACGAGUACUACGUGUGGAGGGACGGGAGGAUCGGGCCGAAAGGCGAACGGCUCCCGCCCAGCAAUUGGCUGUCCGUGUUCGGGGGUCCCGCGUGGACGUGGAGCGACUCGCGCAAGCAGUACUACUACCACCAGUUCGUCCCGGCCCAGCCGGACUUGAAUUACCGGAGCCCACUGUUGAGGCGGGAGAUGGAGCGCGUGAUGGAGUUUUGGCUGGGGCGAGGGGUCGACGGGUUCCGCAUCGACGCCAUCAUCCACCUGUUCGAGGACGAGAGGCUGCGGGACGAGCCGCGCUCAUUUAGGCCCGGGGUUCUCGCGGACGAGUACGAGUACCUCGAGCACCCGUACACCAAGGACCAGAACGAGACGUACGGCGUCGUGGCGGAUUGGCGGGCGCUGAUGGACCGGCACGGGCCCGGCAAGUACGCCAUCGUUGAGGGCUCCUCGAUGCGCUACUACGACGUCGGCGUCGACCCCUUCAACUUUAUGUUCACGACCAAAUUGAACAACGACUCGCGGCCGGCCGACUACGUCAGCGAGAUACGGGGCUGGCUGGACAACAUGCCGCGAGGACGCACCGCCAAUUGGGUCACUGGUAACCACGACACGAGCAGGGCAGGCUCGCGCCUCGGCUACAACUCGAACCGGUCGGACCAGCUGUCGAUGCUCGUGGCCGUGCUACCGGGGCUCAUGGUCAUCUACAACGGGGACGAGAUCGGUAUGCUCGACCGGGCCAUGAGCUACAAGGAGACCGUCGAUCCGGCCGGCUGCCGGGCCGGGCCCCAGCGUUACCACAUAAAGUCGCGCGAUCCCGCCCGCACCCCGUACCAGUGGGACGCCACUACCAACGCCGGGUUCUCGACCUCGUCCAAGACGUGGCUACCGGUCCACGAGAACUACAAGACCCUGAACUUGGCCGCCCAGCGCUCGCCCUCCUCCCCCGCGACGACGCACUACAAACUGUUCCGCCGGCUGUCCAUGCUACGGAAAAUCAGUCCUCAGUUGAGCUCCGGCCAGGUCGAAGUGAGCGCCAGCCUCGACGGCAGGGCGCUCGGGGUUGUGCGCCGGCUGGCCCACCGUAGGCCGAUCGCGCUGAUCGUUAACUUUGCGGGGGUCGACUUGCACCUGGACCUGCGCACCUGGAUGCACCUGCCCGACACGAUGAGCCUCUACGCGGUGAGCGUCAAGUCUGGACUGAAGCUCGGGGCGAUGGUCGAUCUGAAGCGCAACUUCACCCUGCCCGCCGCAGCUACGGUCAUUUUCAUCUGAGUCAUGAUUUUUCUUUCUUUCUUUCUUUCUUUCUUUCUUUUUUUGAUUCGAAUCAUUCGUACCGAAUUUCGUAAAAUUAUGACAGUAAAUCAAUAAUGAAUGAUCAAAUGAAAACGUUGCACUUGAUUAAUCCGUCCAAGCCCACCAUGUUUGUAUACUCAGCGAAGAACGAGUUGAGAUGUUUUUUGCUAGCUGUUGGCAAAACAUGUAUCGGAACAAAAUUUAUUUAAAAGUUUGAUGGAAUUUAUCGGCUUGGUUGAAUAAAAACCUUACUUUCGGGUUCCAAACGGAUUAUGUGUAUAUGAGAGUCAGAGUUGAUGAUGAUUCAAUUUGAAAAGUGGUAUCCGAAUGUAGUAAUUAGCCCACCCUUGAACUUUCCGUACCUUUCGCGUAAAUUAAAGUGCUUGUGUAGAGCUUUGGAGUGAUCGUGCGUUUGCCUCGGAUGAGAAAAGUGGAGUGUACAGGGAACGGCGAGUCUUUUGAGAGUCAGAGUAAAAAUAAGACGAAAUAGUGCAAUGAGAACAUGGACGGGAAUAUAGGGGGAUGGGGGGCCAAGGAGUCACCGGCGAGAGAAUAUGAGUUGAAACGCUAGCACGGAAAGUUGUCUGGUCUUAUUCGUCACGAGAUAAUACUUAACUUGGCACUUCUUAAUUAACUCUUGGAUUCUCAAGAGGCUUGGAGCGUACUUUGCACACCAGUCGUCCAUUCAGUAUACACGAUGCUUUGCACUGGAGUGCAAGACAGCCAGACCUUGGAAGUGUUGCCCUCGUACUUUAUGUAUGUGAAUUAUUUUACAGAUUUUUUUUUUUUUUUUUUUUUGCGAAACGCUAUCAUAUAUCGGUACAAAUGAAAAAAAAAAAUUCAAAGCACGUCAACUUUUGAUGGAUAGCGUCCAAGUUGAUGGUCUGUCAUUGUAAGUUUGCAGCUGAUCUCGAGGUGUAAUAAUUUAUAAAAACUGAAUAAUUAUUUUUCUGCACCAA